AACGUUGUCACCCAGUCCCCUGAGCCAGCAAGACAUGGGCCCCAUUUUCCAAUCCCUGACGCCGCUCCUUUAACCAGAAGACGUGAAGGGGAGCCAAUGUCCCUGACCAUGUAGAUGCCAGCUCCGGAGAGCAGCAUGGGCCCCGCUGAAUGGAGACUCCUGGGUCUACAGCCCUGAGCCCCUCCGGCCCCUGGACCUCACCCCACACCCGGGAACACCCCUCAGAGCUCACCACCGCUGUCACCAGCCCGCCUCGACCGCCCCCACCCCCCGGGAUCCGGAGCCGGCUGCCGGGAGCCACAGCCGUCCAGUGAGGCCCUGCCGAGGACAGUCACGGACAGCCGUCGCCCACAGUCUCUCGUCCAGUGCUGACCUCGGGGCCCACCCCGAGCAGGGACUGCAGCAGACAUGGGUGACAUGACCAACAGCGACUUUUACUCCAAAAACCAAAGAAAUGAGCCGAGCCAUGGGGGCGAGUUCGGGUGCACCAUGGAGGAGCUCCGCUCUCUUAUGGAGCUUCGGGGCACCGAGGCUGUGGUCAAGAUCAAGGAGACAUACGGCGACACCGAAGCCAUCUGCCGUCGCCUCAAAACCUCGCCCGUGGAAGGUUUGCCAGGCACAGCUCCAGACCUGGAAAAGAGAAAGCAGAUUUUCGGGCAAAACUUUAUACCUCCAAAGAAGCCAAAAACUUUCCUGCAGCUGGUGUGGGAGGCACUGCAGGACGUGACACUCAUCAUCCUGGAGAUCGCUGCCAUCAUCUCCCUGGGGCUGUCUUUCUACCACCCGCCCGGCGAGAACAACGAAGGAUGUGCCACGGCACAGGGCGGGGCAGAGGAUGAAGGAGAGGCGGAGGCAGGUUGGAUCGAGGGGGCCGCCAUCCUCCUCUCGGUCAUCUGCGUGGUCCUGGUCACAGCCUUCAAUGACUGGAGCAAAGAGAAACAGUUCCGGGGCCUGCAGAGCCGCAUCGAGCAGGAGCAGAAGUUCACUGUGGUCCGGGCUGGCCAGGUGGUCCAGAUCCCCGUGGCUGAGAUCGUGGUCGGGGACAUCGCCCAGGUCAAAUACGGUGAUCUCCUCCCCGCUGACGGCCUCUUCAUCCAGGGCAAUGACCUCAAGAUUGACGAAAGCUCCCUUACCGGGGAAUCUGACCAGGUGCGCAAGUCCGUGGACAAGGACCCCAUGCUGCUGUCAGGGACCCACGUGAUGGAGGGCUCAGGACGGAUGCUGGUGACUGCCGUUGGUGUGAACUCUCAGACCGGCAUCAUCUUCACCCUGCUGGGGGCGGGUGGUGAAGAGGAAGAGAAGAAAGAUAAAAAAGGUAAAAUGCAGGAUGGCAAUGUGGACACCAGCCAGAGCAAAGCCAAACAGCAGGACGGGGCCGCCGCCAUGGAGAUGCAGCCCCUCAAGAGUGCCGAGGGCGGCGAUGCAGACGACAAGAAGAAGGCCAACAUGCACAAGAAGGAGAAGUCCGUGCUGCAGGGCAAGCUCACCAAGCUGGCUGUGCAGAUCGGCAAGGCGGGCUUGGUGAUGUCAGCCAUCACGGUGAUCAUCCUGGUGCUCUACUUCACCGUGGACACCUUCGUGGUCAACAAGAAGCCAUGGCUGCCCGAGUGCACACCUGUCUACGUGCAGUACUUUGUCAAGUUCUUCAUCAUUGGCGUGACGGUGCUGGUGGUCGCCGUGCCCGAGGGGCUCCCUCUGGCUGUCACCAUCUCGCUGGCCUACUCAGUGAAGAAAAUGAUGAAGGACAAUAACCUGGUGCGCCACCUGGACGCCUGUGAGACCAUGGGCAACGCCACGGCCGUCUGCUCGGACAAGACGGGCACGCUGACCACCAACCGCAUGACGGUGGUGCAGGCCUACAUCGGCGACGCCCACUACAGGGAGAUCCCCGACCCCAGCUCCGUCAACGCCAAAACCCUGGAGCUGCUAGUCAACGCCAUUGCCAUCAACAGCGCCUACACCACCAAGAUCCUGCCCCCGGAGAAGGAGGGUGCCCUGCCCCGGCAGGUGGGCAACAAGACAGAGUGCGGCCUGCUGGGCUUCGUGCUGGACCUGAAGCAGGACUACGAGCCCGUGCGCAGCCAGAUGCCGGAGGAGAAGCUGUACAAGGUGUACACCUUCAACUCCGUGCGCAAGUCCAUGAGCACCGUCAUCAAGCUGCCCGACGAGAGUUUCCGCAUGUACAGCAAGGGCGCCUCGGAGAUUGUGCUCAAGAAGUGCUGCAAGAUCCUCAGCGGGGCGGGUGAGCCCCGGGUUUUCAGGCCCCGAGACCGAGACGAGAUGGUGAAGAAGGUGAUCGAGCCCAUGGCCUGUGAUGGGCUCCGGACCAUCUGCGUGGCCUACCGUGACUUCCCCAGCAGCCCGGAGCCGGACUGGGACAAUGAGAACGACAUCCUCAGUGACCUCACCUGCAUCUGCGUAGUGGGCAUCGAGGACCCCGUGCGGCCCGAGGUCCCAGAAGCCAUCCGCAAGUGCCAGCGGGCAGGCAUCACGGUCCGCAUGGUCACCGGUGACAAUAUCAACACGGCUCGGGCCAUCGCCAUCAAGUGUGGCAUCAUCCAUCCUGGGGAGGACUUCCUGUGCCUCGAGGGCAAGGAGUUCAACCGGAGAAUCCGAAACGAGAAGGGGGAGAUCGAGCAGGAGCGUAUCGACAAGAUCUGGCCAAAGCUGCGGGUGCUGGCUCGCUCCUCUCCCACGGACAAGCACACCCUGGUCAAAGGCAUCAUCGACAGCACGCACACCGAGCAGCGGCAGGUGGUGGCCGUGACAGGGGACGGGACCAACGACGGGCCUGCGCUCAAGAAGGCCGACGUGGGCUUCGCCAUGGGCAUCGCGGGCACCGACGUGGCCAAGGAGGCCUCGGACAUCAUCCUGACGGACGACAACUUCAGCAGCAUUGUCAAGGCGGUAAUGUGGGGCCGCAACGUCUACGACAGCAUCUCCAAGUUCCUGCAGUUCCAGCUGACAGUCAACGUGGUGGCCGUGAUCGUGGCCUUCACGGGCGCCUGCAUCACGCAGGACUCACCCCUGAAGGCUGUGCAGAUGCUCUGGGUGAACCUCAUCAUGGACACGUUUGCCUCGCUGGCGCUGGCCACCGAGCCACCCACCGAGACCCUGCUCCUGCGGAAGCCGUACGGCCGCAACAAGCCCCUCAUCUCCAGGACCAUGAUGAAGAACAUCCUGGGCCACGCCGUCUACCAGCUCACCCUCAUCUUCACCCUGCUCUUUGUGGGCGAGAAGAUGUUCCAGAUCGACAGCGGGCGGAACGCACCACUGCACUCGCCACCCUCAGAGCAUUACACCAUCAUCUUCAACACCUUCGUCAUGAUGCAGCUCUUCAACGAGAUCAACGCCCGCAAGAUCCAUGGCGAGCGCAACGUCUUUGACGGCAUCUUCCGGAACCCCAUCUUCUGCACCAUCGUGCUGGGCACCUUCGCCAUCCAGAUAGUGAUUGUGCAGUUUGGAGGGAAGCCUUUCAGCUGCUCUCCGCUGCAGCUGGACCAGUGGAUGUGGUGCAUCUUCAUCGGGCUGGGCGAGCUCGUCUGGGGCCAGGUCAUCGCCACCAUCCCAACCAGUAGGCUCAAGUUCCUCAAGGAGGCAGGCAGACUCACCCAGAAGGAGGAGAUCCCGGAGGAGGAGCUCAACGAGGACGUGGAGGAGAUCGACCACGCCGAGAGGGAGCUGCGGCGGGGCCAGAUCCUGUGGUUCCGGGGCCUGAAUCGGAUCCAGACUCAGAUUGAAGUAGUCAAUACUUUCAAGAGCGGGGCCUCCUUUCAGGGGGCCCUGCGGAGACAGUCCUCCGUCACCAGCCAGAGCCAGGACGUAGCCAAUCUCUCUAGCCCUAGUCGCGUGUCGUUGUCCAAUGCUCUUUCCUCUCCGACCAGCCUUCCUCCUGCUGCAGCUGGGCAGGGCUAGAGAACCCUGGACACAGAGUUCAGCAAGAGAGAGUGAAAUUAAAAGAGAUCCGCGUCGUGAAGGCGUUCCGUAGCUCUCUCUAUGAAGGUUUAGAAAAGCCUGAGUCUCGAACCUCCAUCCAUAAUUUCAUGGCUCAUCCUGAAUUCCGGAUCGAAGAUUCCCAGCCCCACAUCCCCCUCAUUGACGACACCGACCUGGAAGAAGAUGCCGCGCUCAAGCAGAACUCGAGCCCGCCCUCCUCGCUCAACAAGAACAACAGCGCCAUCGACAGCGGGAUCAACCUGACGACCGACACAAGCAAAUCAGCUACCUCUUCAAGUCCAGGGAGCCCCAUCCACAGCCUGGAGACGUCGCUUUAGCUGAGGACCCUGUCGCCGCCCGCCCUCACGGACCCCGCGCCACCCGCCUCCCGGGCACCCACCCAUCCAGGCACCCAACUCACCCAAGCAGCAACGAGCAACAACAGGAAACUAAAUGCUGGAGAGAACACCAACGUUUCCACCACCAGACCCUUUCUCUGGCUGCGAUGCUGUUUGAACUCUUUUUCACUUUGAGGCGAGGGCUGGAUCUCUGCCGGGGGCUUGCGGGAGCGGAGCGAGUGCUUUUCCCAGAACGGGCCCUUCCUGGCUCCCGCCCAGACACGGACCAGCCAUGCCCCCGCCCGGCCACCACGUCCCCCGCAUGAAUGUACUGUACACUUUCGGUCCUCCCUUUGUUUGGUUUCUGGGGGGCUGGGGAGGCUUUUUUUGUUUUCUUAGGCGGGAACUGCUAACAGACUCUUUUCUGAGACUAUUUAUCCAAUCCACUGGUCUGUGAGUUUUUGAAAUGCUUGCACAGCAUGGUCUCAGUUGUAUAGAUUAAUUUAAUAACUUUUUGAAAUUGCAGCUUAACUCGCCUAGUAGAUUUGCACCAAUGGAACCGAAGAACUUCAUAGACACUCACAAGGUUAUAUCCAUUUCUUUGUAUCUAUAUCAACGUAUACUUCUCCAAGACUGUAUACGUCCAUAUAGAUAGGUAGAUAUAUAUAUAGAUAUAUAUAUAGAUAUAUAUAUAUAUAAAUAUAUAUACAUGGAUAUAUAAAGUUUCUUUGCCGGCAUGUUGCCUUGUUUCCGCUUAAAUUGCUCUAUUUUAACUUAUUUAUGUCCUAAAAGAAGAAUGUAAUUUGUUUACAAACCUGUAGAUAAUGUCUUUGGCUAUUUGUACGGUUGAAGAACACUGGUGGCCGAGAUGCUGUGAAAACAGCUCGGCCCGAUAGACACUUUUCCUGGAUUGCAUCCUUGAUGUUUUACGAUAGCCAUGCUCUGAUUUCUGCCUGCUAUUUCCGUUUAAUAAUGUCACUACCGUGGGAGGCCCAGGCAGAAGCCAAAUGCUACCGAGUCUCCAUCCUGAAGGGUUGAACCACGUGCUCCGUAGACCAGGGGAGAGGAGGAGAGAAGGCUUCCUGGGUUUGCAACACUGACAGCCACCCCGGCCCGAGGAUGCCAGGACCCGCAAAGCACUGGCUGAAGACUUUUCUCUCAAUGAAACUCACUGGAGUUUACUAAGAGCAUUUCAGAAAGAGGUUCUCUUUGGCACUGUCUGUACAGAGAUUGAGGUAGUGCUGGAAUAUUAUAAAUGCUAUUGUGUUGAUUUUUUUUUUUUUUUUUAGUGACUUAGAGGUUUAUUUCCUUAUUAAUGGCAGCGUUUGAGCUGUUGGCAUAUUGGAUGAGGAUCGGUAUGGCUUGCUGCUUUUAUUUUUAUUUUUGAAGAAGAAUAGCCUUUUUCUCUGCACUAUUUAGAUCCGAAUGAACCUUAUGAUGUGUAUAUUGAGAUGUAUUCAGUGUGAUUUUUAAACCAAAUUGUCUUCCUGUAGUCACAAUAUAUACUGUAGCCUUUUAACAGCAAGUCUUGCUUUCCCAAACAGAAAGCCAUUCUGAAACCUUACAGUAUCACAGGUGAGAAAAGGUGGUUAUUUUCCCCCAAGACAAUAACAGCACUAGUAACCCCACUUAAUAAGAGCUUAUUUAAUUGUAUGUCAGCCUCUUAACUGCUAAGCACUUUGUGGGUCUCAGCGUUUUUCAUAAAAUAACUUUUGUAUUUAAUACAAAGUUUGCUUUGAGACUUUUCAGCAUAUGAUCUUUUCCAUAAACUUGUACAGUGCAAAAGACAUUUUGAAUACCAUGACCGAUGAUGUCCCAUGCUUCAAGGAAAACCAAACUCUUUCCGCCUCGCUUGCGAAACCCAGUCCUCAUGCUGACCCUUCCCUCAGUUGCGCUGUGUCACCCGGCCCCUUCCCCUCUCCAGGCCCAGAGAACUCUUCCGCAAACAAGAUGAGAGCCACUUGGGAAAAGAGCCAUAGUCAGCUGGGAAGGCCUACGUCUGGAUGGCUGUGGAAAAACUUGACGGUUUGGGGUUCAAAGUGAGCCCAUCCCACCUGGCAAAACCUUCCUGUAAGAAGGACCUUCUUUUCAAGAGAGCACCACCUGAAUGUCGUGAAGAAAUCUCUCUGAAUGUAUCCAGCAGAGGAAACUGCAUCCCCACAAGGGGGAUGACCAGCCCUCAGAUGUGCUUUUCGGGUUCCGGUACAAACACCACCAAAGCCAGCCCACUGCUCUCCUCCGAGGAAGGAAAGUCCUGCACAUGUGAAACAUGGGCAGCCUCGGAACAUGGUGUCUUCUGGAGUUUCGUGUCUCACAGUUUUCCAUCCUCCCCUUUCUCUGUUCAGCCAUGUGUCUGUGACCUCACUCUAUGACGUCAGGAGAGGUCUGCUUGCAUCCAUGCUCCCUGUUCACUUGGAGCCAGAACGCAAGGAAAACAGGAGUUCUCUGAGCGGAGCCUCGCGUGGGGAGCAGGGAUCGAGGGAAGGCUGCCAACAUUCGCGUUGGGUUCCCUUGUCAGGAAUGACGGACGCUCACACACACACGCACCCUCUCACCCUCACACUUGUACACACGUCCACACACACAGGAAACGGUUGGUUUGUCAAAACUCACUGUAGUACAUAAAGCUUGCACUCUGCGUCCUAUAUCUAGCAGCAUGGGGUACGUUUGGCAGUUCACCCCAUUAGGGGGUAAAUAAUUUAUGACCAUUCAUCUGUUUUUAUGAAUUUUUUUAUCUAGACAAUAAUUGUAAAUAAAGAACUCACCGUCUCUGUUCAUUUAAUACUAUGCAAUGGUUAUGCUUUCAAUUGCUGAUUCUUCUGACUCCUGCAGUGUGGUUCUGAAAUGUCUGUGGUUUAAAAAAAAAAAAAAGGCAAAAAACAUCUAACAGAACAUAGUAAAUCUAUAUUAUCUAGCGUAUCCUUUUUUCUAGUUGGGACUGCACCACCCAGUGAGCUUUUCCGUUCUGCCCUGUGGACGAAGGCUCCAGGAUGCCGUAGCAGAGUUUGUUCUGAGGACUAAGCUCACCAAUGGUCUCCCUCAACCCUGACAGGUGAGGGAGGAACAGGGAGCCCAUCAUCCACCUUUGGAGGGGGCAGGAGUGCUCUGAGGAGUUUCCUUCCUGAUCUCAGACAGAGCGUUCCCUCACACAGGAGCAACCUCCACUGCUCCUGCCAACCCCAAACCGUGGCCCCUUGGCCCAACCACAGCACAGAGCCGAGAAGAGGGAGGCUGCCCUGCUUCCGAGAUGGGACCGAUCACGACGACUGCACUGGACCAACGUCUCUGACCCUGUCUUGUCCUGCUUCCCCAGUAACAGAAGGGCCAGUCUUUUCCCAGCCAUGUUGAAAUGCCAUCUUUACCACACAGGGACAUCUUAUCUCGACUGGGUCUAUUUCUAGAAUUUCCCUUCUGUCUCCUUACUUGGGUGUCUCAUCUGGCAUCAGCCACACAGUCUUACUUAUUGUCACUUUAUGUUUUAUUAGAUGGUGGGACAAGUCCCCUUUGUUCCUCUUUUAUAAGCGUUCCUGUUUACUCUCUCACAUCUGUUCUUCUAAGUAGACUUUAAGAUUUUGACAAGUCCUCCACCCCCUACCCCACUUCCACCCCAGAUUCUGGGCCUUCUCACUCUGUGUGCCAUCAGCUUCCCCCAUUGUAAUUACUGUCCACUCAGGGCUGCAAAAUAGAAUGUGUCCUGCAAGGAGGGCCAAAAAGGGCAUUCUGAAUCUUGAGGACAUGAUGUUCCUCCCAUCGUGUACCUGUCCCGUCACAUGAGUUGCCAUGAAAGGCCAUCAAACCCCUACUCAAUCUCAGCCUGGGAACCAAAGUCACCCACCUGGGUUGUGCUGGGCCACAUCCUCCAUCUGCCCCGACCCAGAGGAGAAAGAGGGGUCUCUCUCAGACCUGGAGGUGGGAAAACUGUAUGGCCCAGGUGUCUGUACUUCUGUUCUCAUCAUGAAGAAAACUUUAUUCCAAUCCCCCUUUCCUGAACAGGUUUGGUUGUUCUUGUUUUGUUUGGGGGGGCACCUCUUGCUUUUUAAUUCAGUCUCUCUUGCAAUGCUGAAGGCAUUUCUUGCUGGACCUUCUCAGCACCCUUGGGAUGCAGGUGUUUCUUGCUGGACCUUCUCAGCACCCGUGCUCCCAUCCGCCCAUUCUUGUUUGGUAUGGGGGGCUGCCAACUUGGUGCAAUCUGGCAAGCCUCCCACCCAAAUCUCUGUCCUGCCAUAGUGUCCAAAAGCCCACCAUUAGAGGAUCUCAUGGGGAGGGACAUUUCUCGAAGGCUUCUGGGCCUUCCAGAGCCAAGCCCGAAAUCAACAACAGUGAGUUCCCAAGUCUUUUCCAAGUUUAAAACCAAGCUUUCCUGAUUUUAACGUGGAGAUCAUACCCGCCCAAGUGGGAUAGGGGGAUCCCUGGACCUGGGCAGCAACCAUCACCCCCUCCACCGAAGGCAAGCUAUUUGAGGCUGCUUUGGGACUGCUCUUCUCAGCCCCCAGGUCUGUUUUGUAAUGCCUGUGGUGCUCUCCCUCCAAGGCCUUUCCUCUUGGGGGUCACCACACUUUGCUAACUCUCGUGUGCACAUAUUUUAUAACAGAGUAGCGAGGGAAUGGUGCCGCCUCCAGCUUCCACAAGCUGCCCGGGCUCUGGGGGGGCUCUGGGACAAUCGGGGCUGGGAAGUGACUGUGCUCUUAUUGUACACUCUUUAUUUCUCUGUAUCUCUGGCUUGUGCUCUUUGUAACUAAUGGGAUUUGUCUGCCUUUUCAACACUAUCCUGAGCAAUAACAAUAAAUGCACACGUGGAAAUGCA